CAACGACUUGCCCUCGCUUGGAAAAACGCCCCACCUCCCCACCAGCAGCCUUAUAAUUACUUCCCACCCACCAAGUACAUCCUCCUGCCCGCUGGACGGACGCACGGACGGACGGACGGACCGCGAUUCUUGCCCCAUACACCCUCUUUUGGCCACCAGAAAACCCCGUGUGUCCUUUCCAGCUCGCCCGUCGAAAACGCCAACAACAGCGGGCAUCACACACCCAUCACACAGGAUACGGAAUGGAGGACUUUCUGGACACCGAAUACAAGCCUUCGCAGGCCACUCUAGCAAAAUACCAGAGCUACAACCCCUACUCUCCGGGUGGGAACGAGGCCGACCCCAAAUGGCCGCCAUAUCAAGAUACUAACCAACGCGAAAGGGAAACGAACCCUCUAGCUUUCAGCGACUUUUCCACUCACGAGCACCUACGAAAUGACAGCGACUUCUUUGACUGGCACAACGAAGCGCCCGACCAUGAUGCGGAACCGAUACAAGAACAUAUCAUCGCCAACGUCGCACCAGCAGUCGAAAGCGCUUUCGCCCAACGCCACCAGUCCGUCAGCGUAAACCUCUUCUCCCAUGGCACCCUCCCCCUCUCCACAAACGCAGAAGCCGACGACGACAGCGACCUCUUUCAAUCCACCCCAUCAACCACCCGAGAAAACCACCGCCCAACUGGCCUCCCCAAAGACGUCAUAACCUUCCCCAUGAUCGAUUUCUACCUCCGCUUUAUCACACAUGACCUCACUCCAGAAACUCCUUACACGCAUCUGCAGGCCAAAUGCGUGCAGUAUAUGGCCAUGAGUCGUGUGGCUGAAAGGGAUCUGUGGAUCUCGAGGGAUUGGAAUACGGUGCAUAUGACGAGUCGGGGUUUUAGGGUGUUGCAGGAUUUGACGAUUAUGCGGAGAGUCACAUGGGCUGUUACGAGGAUUCAGGAAUUCUGGAGGAGAAGAAACAGGAGGGUGACGGUCAGGAAUCCACCGCAGGAGGAUCGCGAUGUUUUCGCACCGGAGACUGAAACGCGAGAGAACCAUCUCGCAGACGGGCAACCGGAAAUCGCCGUGGAAUACGCAGAUUCCGACGGCGGGUCCUUCGGCGGUUCAUUCGGCGAACUAGAAAACGACGAAGAGACCCGCGUAACACUCCAACGUCGCCGCACAAACGAUUUCGACCGCUCAACGCACUUCAACACCGUCGAGCGCCUCCCCCAACCCACAUCCCCACUACCCCCCACCAUCCCAACUCUAACCCGCCACCAACGCUCCCACCACCUCAAACGCCUCUGGCAAAUCUCCACCUCCUACACCUCCAUCCUGCACGCCCAAGACGCAAUCGGCUUCCAACGUAACGACCGCGGCCCCUCCGAACCCGAACUCAAAUUCAUGGACCUCCUCAACGCCGACGAGACCUACCAAACAUCCAAAGACGUCCUCGACAUGGACCUCAAUGAAGACGAAGACGACGAUGAUAGAUAUUUCGGAGAUAUGGAGAAUAAGGGCACCGUGAAGGUUUAUAAGGAUUACUCCCCGCAGGUCGUGAGGUGGAUUCGCGAGACCUUAUCCCAACAGGAGGGGGAGGAUACCGCCGCGUAUUACCACCACCCCUCCCACGCCAGCACCGACCUCAUAACUCUCCUCCGCUCCGGGGACAUCCUGAUCCGGCUCUCUACGACCCUGUUCCCAUCCACACCCUGCCACCUCCUCACGCAACCAUCAACACACACGAUCCAUAAACUCGUCUUCUUUUUGGAGUUGGCGAAAUUGGUGGGUGUGGAAUCCGGGGAUCUUUUUUCGGUGUGGGAUAUUCUGAUUGAUGCAGGGUUAGAGGGGCGGGGGAAGGGUGGGAGUGGGGGGAGGGCGGUGAGUUGUAAGGUGCUAAAGACGGUGUUGUUAUUUGAGAAGUGUGCGAGGGGCAUGGGAGGAAAGGGGGUCGAGUUGGUUUUGGAGGAUGUGGGAGCUGAGGAGGAGGUGGUGGAACCGGAGGUGGUGGAAAACGUACCCGGAAACGCCGAUAUCACGGAUAGCGAUAAUGCAGAUCGACAAUUGCAGCAAUCGGUCAUAACGAGCAACGAUCCGCCCUCGCCAACCUCGCCCACCCACCUCCAGAAAAACCACUCCAGCGACUCCCUCUACAAUAUGUACGCCUCCAAUCGGUCGUCCACCGUCGCCAUCCCACACCCCACCAGCGCGCUCCCUCACGACUCAUCAUCCGAAGACGACGACACAACAACAGAAGCCUCUUUCGUCACCGCUGGCGAAGGUUAUACCACCGAGGAUGAUUUCAAAUCCAUGAGGAGUCGGCUGUCGUCCGAUGAGGAGGAUGACGAUAAUGACGAUAGUCUUGUUGCGCCGUUGGAUGAUCUCAAGUGGAAUUUGGGCGGUGGGGCUAUGGGUGGGGAUUUGGCGCGGCCGGACCAGGAUCACGGGAAUGGCAGUGAGGGAGAUGAUGACGAGUCCGUUAUGUCUGACGAGAGUGAUGUUACUGUGAGAGGGGUGGAUGCGAGAGACGGGGCUGUGGCGGAGGCGAAGACUGGCGAUGCUGUGGAGGUGAGGCGGACUGCUUACGGGGUCGAUAGCGACGACCACGACGGACACACGUUCGAGGAAAGCGCCACCACCACACUCCCCCAUGACGACGAAAUUCCGAAACAGGACGAGGAGUCGACACCCUUGUUGAGCCCGACUGGAUCGAUCCAGUCGGAUGAGACGGCCGUGGUGGGUGAUGAGGCCCCAGUACCAGCCGCGGAGACGACAGCGACACCGUCACAUAGCAUAGAACAGGAACCCGAACACUGGCGGUCCCUCCCCCCCAUCGCCCCCCUCCCGCCCUACCGAACCCAAGGCCUCUCUACCCCCCGCACCUCCCCCCGCGACGAAACUUCACACCCGCCGACCCUCCCACCCCCAUCCACCCCCCAACCGCGCCCACAUUUCGUCUCCCCACCCCGAUCCCGAGCCGUCCCGGACCGCGCGAUGGCCCGCCCGGUGUCCUUCGUGGCGUCGAGGGGCGGGAAGGGCGCGACGAGUGUGUUGUUGGAAUUGGCGGGGGAGUUUGGGUAUGAUGAGAUAGAUGAGGAGGAGGGAGAUGACGAUAAGGAUGCGCAACAAGCGCACAAACAACAGCAGCCUGAGGAGGAGGCGCAGAAGCCACAACAGCAACGACGCUCCGACGACCCGGCGGGGACGAAUCGGAACAGCAGCGUGCGGAUCUCCCAAUUCAUCGACUCGCACCACCCCGACCCGAUGAAACGCACCAGCACCCCCCGUCUGUCCCAAUUCAUCGACGCGGAUCCCAUGAAACGCACCAACAGCGUGCGGAUCUCGCAGUUCGUGGAACUCCCCACCUUCCCGAAACUCCCGGCUGCGGAUGGGUCCUUACCCCGCCCGGAUGUCGCCAGCAACGUGCCGCCGGGGAUACAUCUCAUACCCCCGACACCGCCGAGUAAGACCGGGGAUGCGCGCAACACAGGUGCAGAGAGACCGGAUGGUGGUGCAUAUGGACCGGGCCCCACUCCGCCCCUUUCGCCCAACCGAUAUGGUGGGGAGGAUAUGGGACGAGCGGGGUUGAGGCGGUUGGAGGUGCAUGUGCCGUUUGUGCCGCCGCCGAUGUCGCCGAGGAGUCCGGUGUCGCCGGUGGGGGCGGAGGCGGGGAAGAGGGGGAAGCUGCCGCAGGGGCAGCGCCGGCCUUCGCAGGAGAUGGGCAAGACGCAGCAGCUGCCCCAGCACCUGCGUCAGUUACCUCAGCGGGACCAAGAGCAGCGUGAGCGGCAUGUUCUGCAACCUCAGCACAUGCAUCAGCCGCCUCGAGAGCCUCAGCAAGACCUGCAGCAGCGCGAGCGGCACAUGCAGCAACCUCAGCACUCGCAUAAAUCACCUCGAGAGCCUCAGCAAGACCUGCAGCAGCGCGAGCAGCACAUGCAGCAACACCAGCACCCUCAUCAACCAUCUCAGCAGCCUCACCAAGACCGUCAGCAGCCGCCACAGCAGCAACCUCAGCAUCCGCAACAACCACGAAAAUUAUCCAACCCACCACCACGCCUAGAAAUCCCAGGCAGCAACAAGCCCAACCCAGCUCCGUCGACAAACCGCGAAACAGUCCCACCACCCUCCCCAUCCCACGUCGUGAACAGGUACAGCCUCACGCCUCUCCCACCUGUAACCGUGCCAUUCGCGCAGACCUCGGCCUCGAGAAGCCCAGCGCCGACCGCGGCGUUGCCUUCCCCGCCGCCUGUGGAUGUGCGGCAGAGGAAAGGGAGUGUUACGGGACGGGGUGAGAGUGGGGAGGUUGGUGGAAGACGAGGGAAUGCGCAGGGGAAGAAGAGGGAGGCGGGGGUUGCGAAGAUGUUGUUGAGUGAGUCAAACUUCGUCUACGACCUAACCCUCGCCGCCGAAUUCCUCGAAUACCUCACGCACACCACCCCAACGCCCACCCCACUGACCUCCCACUACACGCGCGUGCACGCCGUCGUUCUCGACAUGCUCGCCAUCCACCGCGCCCUCCUCGACGCCCUCCGCCAUGCCGCCCUCUCCUCCUCCCCAACGCAGUCAACCUCACCGAAGCAAAAUACAAACGCCCUGGGCCAGGCCGUGCUUAGAUUCGCGACGGCGGCUAUCCCCGUCUACUCGAGCUACGCCGUGGCCAUGCGGGACCAGCAGCUAGCGUUCGACACGGGCAACGUGGCCCUUCCCCCGGCCGUGAUGCAGAAUUUCCUGGGGAUCGUGAAAGGCUUCAAGGGCCUGCCGGCACAAUGGAUCGACGGCCUCACCAGCGUGCCUGGCACCGACGGGGACGGGGAGGAGGCGUGGGCGAGGGCGUGCAAGAAGGUGUUUGCGAUCCCUGUGAUUCGGUUGGGGCAUCUGGCGCGGAUGAUGAGGGAGAUUGCUCCGGUGCCGGUGCCGGCGGCCGUGCAGAGUGGGGGCGCGCCGACGCCGAGACAGUCGCUUGGUGCGAGUAUCCCGCCCGAAGUGCUGGCGGCGUUGAAGUUGCAGGGGUGUGCGAGGGCGAUUGAGGCCGCUGCUGGUAAGGCUGCUGGUGUGAGUGGGUGAAUUGGUUGGCUCUGCUCUGGACAAGUAGACAACGGGAUAUACUCCCUCACGGCGUAUCACGGUAUAUAGUCUACGAUGGACUUUGACUGGUAUAUUUUACACCAACCCCUCCUCAUAGCGCUGAAUGUUCUUCAUUGCUACGUACAUAGACCCCCUUAGAGAUAGAUACCCCAUCCUCGUGUAUAUUGGCCUGCACAUUUGUCUCCGUGUCAAUGGAAAUGGGAGCUGGAUCUCCUACAACUUCGAUCGAGUUCAC